AUGACCUUCGUAGUUUCAGUGGGGCACUUUUCAGCCGCAGAAGGAUGGGCCUACCUGCCAACUGGCCUGGAGAAAGUCGCCAACUGCGUUACUCACCUUCCUCUGAUACCCGUCAGUGUCUACCUAGCCGCCAGCCUUAUCAACAAGACAAGGACUUCCACUGAACUACUGGUCGCUGGUAUCUAUGGUUCCGCUCUUGUCUCCCUUUUUGGAGCCUCCUCCGCCUAUCACUUCUGCACCCUUUUCCCCACCAAGAGCCGCUACCACGAUCUCCUGCAUUACUUCGAUCGUCUAGUCAUAUUCGUUUUCAUCGCCGCUUCUUAUACUCCUUGGCUUGUGCUGCGUGAAUUCGAGAUGGACAUUGGUCUCCUCGUACUGAAGGCUAUUUGGACAACUGCUCUAGGUGGUGCUGUAUAUCAGUAUUUUUACCGAGAAAAGUGGAGGCUUUUAGGCCUCAUCUUCUACCUCACACUUGGUUUGCUACCGGCUAUUUCCGUCGCUUAUCUGAAAGAUAUGUCUGGAAUUCGAAUUGUAGCGCUGGGUGGACUGAUGUAUGUCACGGGGACUAUCUUCUUCAGAAUGGACGGUGUGAUUCCAAUGGCACAUGCAAUUUGGCACUGCUUCGUUGCACUGGCUGCCUACAUCCACUUCUCAGCAAUCGACCAGUACCUCUACUCCCACUUAAUUUGA